AUGGAGGCCUCCAGCUGCGCGCUGCCGGUGCUGGCGGCGCUGGACGUGCUUGAGGCAUGCAGCAUGUACGAGAUGGAGCGCUUCGGCACCCUGCUGCGGGAGGCGGUCUUGGAGGCAUUGGACGUGAAUCAGUUCGCGGUGGUGUUGCGUGAGAGCCACGUGCGCCAGAUCCGCGGAUUGAAGCAGGGCUGCAUGCGGUUCGCGCUGCACCAUUUCGACGAGCUUAUCGAGCGUCCAGAGGUAUUCAUGGGGGCCCUGCAGGAACUGCCAGAGGUCGUGAGCGACCUGUUCAAACUGGGUCGUCGCUGGAAGGACGAGACCACUGACAAUCGGCAGCAGGGCGACCGGGGCGGCUCGCCGCGCCCCGCACCCGCGCCCCCGAGCUCCUUCGUUGCGGACCUGGCGCGUUUGUUCGAGGCCGCCAGGCUGGCGGAGGAGCGGGACAAGGCUGGCGACGAGGCGGGGUGCGAGGAGGAGGAGGGUUCGGCAAAGGGCCCUUCGCUCGGUGCGCUCUGCUCGCGGGGCAGACCCAGCUGGGGGCACCACGUGGACCUCGCGCCAGACUGCCGCAUCGCGGUGGGCGAGGACAUAUACCUUGGCCAUUCCGCGGUGCUGGCGGCAAGGUCGGAUUUUUUUUUUGCGGCCUUCGCCUCCGACAUGGUGGAGCGGGCGACGCUGCUCGUGACGCUGCAACACGUGCGCGGCGAGGCGCCGAAGAGGGAGAGCGUGCUGGCAUUGCUGCACUUCCUGUACACAGGGCUGACCUCGCGGGUGAACGUGAGCAACGCCAUGGAGGUGCUGGCCCUCGUCGGCGGCGAGCAGAGCGAUUGCGGCGACGACUGCGGGGGGUACCUGCAGCUCCACGACGCGGCUACGCUGCGGCGCGCGUGCGAGCGGGCCGCCGAGGAGGGCGCCGUGGACACGCAGGACUUCCUCGGCAUGCUCGUGCAGGCCCACGUGCUCGGCGCGUCGCGGUUGAAGGCGCGCGCGAUGCAGCUGGUCGUGCACCAUUUCAAGGACCUGUCGCUGAUGGGCGGCUUCGAGGGCCUCCCGCCGCCCCUGCUCACGGAGGUGCUGCGAGCUGUAGCGGUGGAGUACGACCGCUCGCUGCCCUCUGCCGCGAAGGACCUGCGCUGGGAGCUUUCGGUGCUCCCCGCGCCAGACGGGAGGCUGGAGAACACCUACGAGGCGGUGAGCUCCUCCGACCUCUCCCGCGGCGCUGGCGCCUCGGGUGCCGCCGGCUGCUCCGAGGCGUCCCUCGUUGCCACCUUCGACCGGCCGGUGCGGGUGCGCCGCGUGCGCAUCGGCGUGGACCUCACCAUCGGAGACUUCGACGCGUCGCGGCUGAACGGCAGCAAACUGCAGCACCUGACCAAGGCAGGGGCGUGGCAGGACGCGGGCGUCUGUGUGUCCCUGCAGGGCAAUCAGCUUAUGUUCAACGGUUGGAGGGUGGUCGCCCAGCUCACAGCAACUUUCAGGCAGUUGAGGGCUCUGACCUCUGACAUUCAAAUUCGGUUCGGCGGCAUCGAAAGCUACCUGGAGGCCAUUGGCAGCUCUCAUGCGGCGCCCGAUGUGCCCGUGCGGAUCCUCGGACGCUCGAUCUUGACUGUCUUGGGCCACUGCGGGCAAUUCUUCGAGGUGGGCACGGCGAUCGUGGCCGAGGAGUGGGAGGCGCUGCCGCUGCACGAGCUCAUUCACCUCGAGCUCUGCGGCGUGGCCAGUUGGAUGCCCACGGCGCUCCCCGGUGCCGUGGAGACCAUCGAGGAGACCGUCGAGGGAGCGGCGGAGGAGCCCCUGGAGGAGAAGCGCGGGGACGAGGCGAGCGAGGGCAUCCCCGAGGGCGACCUGGGCAUUGCGGUGGAAAGAGACAGCGGGACCUUGGAAGACGAGGCCGCAGGGCCCCCGCGCCCGAGCGCGCGACCAGCCCGCUGCAGGCGGGCGGGCUUUGCCCGCGAGAUCACCCCUGCGCCGGCGUCGCCUUCGACGGGCCGCGCGGGGCCGCAGGGCGACGGGGCCGAUGGCGACCCAGCGUCCGAACUGCGCUGGCCCAGCCGUCCCCGCGCGCGCCGCCUGCCCGUGGAGACGGGCGCAGAGCUGGGCGCGGGCCAAGCAGCGGAGCAGUCGCCUGACGAGUCUGCCUCGGGGGCCGGGGCACCCGCGGACGACCCGCGGGCCCUCGCGGAGCGGGCCAGGGCGUGGCAGUGGACGGGGGGGCGCGCCAGUGGCAUGACUCCUCCCGACGUCCUCCGCCAGUUCCUGGCGCUCACGGGGAAACGCCCAGACUGCCGCGAUUCUCUCGAACUGGCCCUCACCGCGCUGAGCCGCCGUUCUCUCAUCGAGCGCGUUCGGGGCGUCAUGCGCUCGCCCCCGGAUAGCCUCGCACAGCGGGAGCGGCGAACCAUCGAUUACAAGAUGCCUGGCGAAGGCAGAGCCCAGCCCUGCAUUGCGCCCGCGCACAUCAUCGUCGCUUUCAUGCGUGCUCGCGCCGGGCACGAGAGGACGUCGGUCUACGUUCCCGCGGGCGCGGCAGCGCCCUGGGGCCCCCGCCCGCGCUGGCCCGCUCCAUUUUAG